AUGCUCAGUUUUGUAGAUAACCGGUUUCACAGCAGCGCUCUGCAAGAGUUCUUCUCUGAAAAUGUUCUGAUGUUUGCUGGGGCUUUUUCUUCUCUCAGCUUGCACAGUAAGACGCUUCGGAUAAACAUGGACCUGCCUCUUCCUGUAUCUCAACUGGAUGUUGAUGUGGAUUUGGGUUUUGCGCUCUUCUUCUUGGUCCUCCUCUGUUUAUUUCUGUUGGUCACAAUGGUGCGCUGUACACAGAUGGUUUUGGACCCUUACAGUGCGAUCUCAGUGUCCACCUAUCUGGAAGAGCAAGAGGAGCAAGGUUAA